UCCAUAACCUCGUGGAGCAGAUGCGCGCCAGCGUAAUAGCAGGCAACAGACCGACGACGCCUGGCAGUCACAUUGAUUGGGCUGGCGAAGAUGACGACAGCUUGCCAGAUCUCGACGACUGGGGCUACACGACUAAGACAGAUCCCGGGACCGUCACUGUCGAGAAGGCGAACGUCAUUUCGCCCAUCCUGGAAGGUCAGCUCAAGCCGCUGCCUGAUUUCGCAGAUGUACCAAAAGCGGACACAGCCGUUCAGGAUUCUUCUGUAGAAGCCUCG